CAUCAUGAACUACAAUUGGAAAAAUUCGAAAAGAAAACUUACACGCUUUCGACUAAUUGGAAAAAGUGAAAUAAAUAAGAAAGUAAGAAGAUGAUUGUAGAUGUCGGGAGCCCGAACUUAGGGCUUCUCGCGGAUAAAUUCGCCCCUGUUUCCAAAAAGAAAAAGAAAAAAAGGUAACGAAAGAUCGAAAAAAUGAAGCCGGGGCACCGGUGCGCCGCGCUCCGUCCCUGCCCUCGCUUAUUCCAAAUUUAAUUUCACAGAGUUUUGAUUCUGUGUAAAAUAAAUGCGCGGCCCCCCGUCCUAGGGAGAUAUCGCCCGGUGGAAUAUAUAAGUCCGUGUUUGACCAAGGGAACGGACAAAGGUAUGCGUACGGUAACGCGGGGGAUACACGGCGAUAAAAGGUGCGAAAGAAUGGUGAAAAUACGAGCAAAGAAAGACCAAAAAUAGUAACCCUGCGGGCGAUCGAGUGUAAGGGAACGAGUCAAGUACGCCUGGGUGCGCUCUUCUUUUCCGUCUUUCUCCCGUUCGCUGACGGUCGCAUGAACGCUUCCUUGUCGUCCCGAGGCGCGUUAAAACGAUGUCUAACUUUCGACGGGCGGUUGGCAGCCGUGCGUAAAAGAAAUAAAUAAUCAAAGCGACCAUGAAGUGACAAAUAAAGUUUCAGGAGAACAAUGCUCGCGAAUGGCAAGGAAAUUUGAGUGCAGCGUGCGUCGGGACCCCCGUGUUCUAUGUUUUGGAUGUUAACGCGGUUAGAACGUGGUGUUCCGUGGGACAUUAGAGCCGGAGGCGCGACUAUGUGCUCGCCGCGGAGACGGGGCUGACAUUUCGUAUAUUUUUCCAUCGGUUCCCGAUACCUUCGUGGUGUUGGUCUCUGUUACCGUGUUCCUGUAUCGCCCGCUGACAACCGCGAUUCCUCCAUGCGUGGGAAUCCGUUCGUUGGGCCGCGAUUAAAUGACUGAAAACGUGCGAGACCGACGGGUCGCCAGAACGUUUACCAUCGGGGAAAUAACAGAACCGCGGGACAUGCCUUCCACGAGAACGGGAUCGCGCGACGUUCUCUAAGGGCACGUUCGGCCACCGGCAGGACGAUAAGUUUCACUCGUUGUUAACCUCAACGAUUCUCUAUGCAUCGUUGCUCUGAGCAUAGUGGCCAUGCGUCUGAUUCUCGUCCACACGACCAAGGUCUGACAGGAUAAUCCUCCUUCGAAUCGAAGCUUCAAACAUGAAAACAGAAAAGAAGCCCAGCGAACCGAGUUGCGUGCCUACCACUGUUGUCAAAGAAGAGCCCGAUACGGAUCCGGUGAAGAUCAAGGAGGAAGGUACCGGAAGUAACAAUGAUGAUACCACUGGUGAGGAUACAACCGAGUGCACCAGGGAUCCCUGCCUGGAUCCUUCCAAUGGAGACGGUACGCUGCCAGGGGAAAAUCAAAACAGUAACGCGAACCAACCGAUUCUGAACUCUGUGAAGCAAGAAGGAGAUCAUAACAAUCCCGCGGACGAUUUACCUGAUUGUAGUGGCAACGUAAUAACCGCGGAUGGAAUUCAGCCAUUAGUUAGUAAUGUUCUCGGCAAACAAAUGGGAACUAGUACAGGAAGCGGCGAAGCUCAAUAUAUGCAACAACAGAGUCAGAUUUUUGUAUUUUCUACGACGUUAGCAAACAAAGGCGCGGAUGCAGUGUUGCAAGGGCAAUACCCGUCGAUUAUUGCUUAUCAUUGCGCGCAACCGGGCACUAAGAAAUAUUUAGAGAAACAUCCGAAUAAAGUGAACCAGUUUCGUCAAAAUCCCGCGCAAUGGUUGAAUAAUCUCGCGAUGAUGAAACAGAAAGGUCAUCAAGGAGGCGCGAAUAACACCUUUCCGACCGAACAACCACCCGAUCUACCAGCUUUGGACCCCAACGCUCCUCCAUUCUGGAACGAACAACCCAAUUUGAGGAAUAUAAACGGCGGUAACUCUCUCGGUAACUCCGAACCGUCGCUAGACGAUGCAAAUAUAGACGUGCCUUGCCUUGUACCGAGCUCACCUGGUAAUCCAGCAAAUCCACAGCCUCCUAGUAGUACCGCGAUGGGUCACAGUCCCAAUUUAUUAGGAGGCACCACCAGCCCAGGUCCAGGCAGUUUGCAACCGUCGCUGCAAGGCGUCAAAGUCCCCGACGAAAAUCUAACCCCGCAACAAAGACAACAUAGAGAAGUUCAAUUAGCGACCAUAAGGAAAAUGCAAAUGAUGUUGUUUCCUGAACACAAAGAAGAACCUACCAACCCGUUGGACGCGACGCAAGGGACAGCGGUGUCCUCCUGUCCUCCGACAAACGUUCCUUCGGUUGUACCAACUCAGUGCCCUCCGACCAUGGAUUGGCAUAAAUUACAGCAUCAAUUUUUAGAUGGAAAGAACAAGGCCAGCGUAGGAAGUCCCGGUGCCGGCGUUCCGUUACGCGGCGCCGGUAUGGUCGGAGUUCCGCGUAGUCAAGGACCACCACCGCCGUAUCAUCAAACGACCCGAUCCGCGAGCGUGCCAAUCGCGAUACAAAGUCCGAAUCCAUCCUCGCCUAACAACCCGACUAGCAAUUUGUCGUUACCGUCGCCUCGCGCGAGUUCGGCGCUGAACUCGCCCGCGGACUGCAACAGACAAUUUCAACUCAGCAAUCAGAGAUCGAGUCAUCUACCAGGACAGAGUCCGACCAGUCAAGAUUCCCCGAAUCCAACGGUCGGAAACGCGUCGGCCGUGUCUACGACGAGACUGAACCACAGCAACCCCGGCACGCCGGUCUCUCACUCGCACAUCUCGACGCUCAGUCCCAGCGGACCGGCUACUCAAAAGGAUUCUUCUUUGGACUACCCUCCCAGUCAACCACCGAACGUGGAUGGUAUGUUUUGCCGCACGCUGCAAUCCUUAGCCCAGCAAAAGCAACAGCAUACCGGAGCUGUGAACGCGGCAGGCGUGAAAGAAGCGAACCUGAUGCCGGUGCCGAGUCCUCAACAGAUCCAGUAUCUCAACACGUUCGAAGGCCAGGAAUUGACUAUACAAAAGCAGCCCAAUACGAGUCUAAAGGAUGGCAACUUGUCCACGAACGCUGGCAGCAACACGGAGAUACCCAACAGAAUUCUGCCAGGAAGCUUGGACAGCAGCAAUCAGUUUCCAGCUAGGUCGGAGGGUGCGAGUCCGGUUCAGAUGGACAGCAUGAACCGUGGCUUUACAGGUUCGUUGCACAGUCCGCAUACUCCUCACACGCCGCACACGCCCGGCAAUGGAGCUCCGCACACUCCGGUGGAUUCCGGUAAACCUGGGAAUAAAUCAAGUGCGAGUGCGCAAAGUAGUCCCGCGUCGCAUAGUACGAACAUGCCAGAUAGUAUGGGUCCUCCGAGAACAGUGCCAGCGUCACCUACUAUGAAACCUGAUACGUCUCCGCCGUCGAUAAAGGAAAGUCAACAGCAGCAAACUCAAUCUCAACAGCAACAGCAGCAGCAACAGCAGCAGCAGCAGCAACAACAACAGCAGCAGCAGCAGCAACAGCAACAGCAGCAGCAACAACAACAGCAGCAGCAGCAGCAACAGCAACAACAACAGUCAUCCGUAGUGAAUCCAAAUAAUUCCGGAAACCCAACGGUAGUACCUUCGUUAGGUCCAGGCGCCUCCUUCCCCUGCGGUAGGCCAUCCAUAAACGUGAGUCAACCUUCAGACAAUGUGCCUCUUAAUCCCAACAAUAUCGGAGGGCGACUCGGCAGUUUGACCGCCAUGAGUACAAAUCACUUUGAUCCCAUAACUUCCUUGGCUCAGAUGAGCCAGCAGCUGACCAACACGGCGGCCAGCAAUUCGUUGGGCAACGAGGGACCCAUCCACACUGGGAACACCGGGAUGAUGCAAUUCGGCAACCCCCACGGGAUGCACAUGAUGCAAAUGAGCGCCGAGAUGAACGGAAGCUGUCACAUGGGCGGUCCGAGCAGCGAGCCGGGCGAAGUGGGAGGGAUGUGCAUGGGCCUAGCGGGACCACCGACCAGCUACAGUCCCACGACGUCUCACACGGGGAGCCCCGGCGUGCCUAGUAAAAUGGGGCAUCCAAUUAUGGGCCACGGUAUGAUGACCGGCCAUUCGGGUAACGCCGGCGGUGCGUACCCGGGUGGCGAUCCUCACGCGCCACCGCCGAGAUUAAUGACGGGACAUCUAACCGGUCCCAGCCCGUACAACGGGGCGAACGUUCAAGUGAAACCCAGCGCUCCGAACACGAUACAAUACUUGCCAGCGAGGCCGAACGUCGGGCACACGCCCAGAGGGCCGCCCAGCCUGGACUUCCUUCAACGAUUCACGAAUCCCUUGUCUAAUUUAGAGUCGAAGAUGGCCACACCCUCUGUAAAUCUUCAGUACUUCCCGAACGGUUGCGUACCAAAUAGCAUGGGCCCUCACGGCGGCAUGCCGUCGAACAUGAGCGGCGGGCUACCCGGGAUGGGCGGCUCGCCGAGGAUGGACGGGCAAUCGAUGAACCCGUCGGUCGGCGUGCAUCCGUCUAUGAGACCGGUAGGCAACAUGAGACCGCAGCCUAAUUUGAUGCGAAUGCAGCACAUGGUUGGCGGCGGCGUCUUUCCAGGCAGCUCGAUGGAUCCAGAUAAAGUCUUCCCGCCCGACAUGGUGUCGCAGGUGCCCAACCAACCCAACCCCGGCAUGUACGUGUCCGGCAGCAAAGGGAGCCCGAUGGGCCUUGGUCCCCCUCCCGAGGCGACUCAACCGCUACCGCCGAGCAUGGGUGGUGCUACUAGUAAUUUCAAAAACAGCCCGUUCGUCGGUAGCGGGCCAAGCAUGUCGGACCCGAACUACGCUCAACAAUUCCACAACUUCCAGCAACAACUGUACGCCACCGGGACGAGGGGCAGCGGGCCGCCGCAUCCUAAUUUACAUCCGCCGCCGAACUCGCAUUCGCAUCAGCAGUUCUUCAUGCCCAAAUAAAAACACGUUUGCUCGAUCCAGGGAAGAGAUAGAUAACGAUAUAUCGUAACGGCGAUGAUUACGAUCGUGGUGGCCUUUCGCGGUGUCCUUUCGACGAUUGCGUUCGUACCCGGGGACCGGAGCUUGAUCCGAUUCACCAAGUAUCCCGGGAAUAUUUCUGGAGAGUGUACACUUUAUUAUUAAAUUAAGCGAUCUUGUAAAGGACAGAGAGUAUGUCGAAUUUGUUAAGGUUCUAAUGUUGAUGUGAUGAUAAUUAUCAAGAAUAAUUAUACCGUAACCGUUUUACCGUAAUGGUUGCAGCAACUGGCGUGUAACGAGACGCUUUUCUCGUUCAAUUCUUUAUUUACGGUGUUGUUUACGUACGUGUUACAACCGAUAAGCGUCUUUGGUUCGUUUAAUCGACGUUCACGGGGCCCGCGGCUCGAACGAUUUAUCCUGCGAUAAGUUAAACUAUUUUACAAACGUAUCAGCGAUCAUUGUUGAGCGUAACAGGUCGUCGGAUUACAUUUAUCGUUGGCUCUUUGCGGCACGAGAACUCGAGGAGCGAUCCUCUAGGAUCCGGAAGAUCCGGACGACCUAGAGGAUCGCUAGACUCGAGCAAGCAAUUUUCAUACUAGCUGGUUCCGAGUCGAGCAAAAUUUUCCUCGGAAUAUCAAAUGACGAAUAAAAACAACGUAUAGCAAUUUAAUCGCGACGUUUAUUCAGAAUAGUUAAAUGUUUUAUUUGUUCAUUGUGAAAUAUUUUAUUGUGUAAUUAAAAUUCGAAUUUUUAUUCAACGAGGAAUGAAUAAACAGUUGUGUGUGUAUUUUAUUCGUUAUUUGAGCUUUUGAUCUAGACGAGAAUUUUGCUCGUUUCGAAUGUAAUAAAUUGUUAAAGUGGUCACCGAUGAUGAUCAUCGAACGGACAUUUUUCAGGUGACCUUCGCUUCUGUUGCAAAGAGUUCAUCGACCAUUGAAUUAUCCUUUAUCAACGACGAGUUGAAAACAUUUAAAAGUCGAAACUGUUUACGAAUACAUUAUUUCUGUACAUUUACAGUCAGUGUAUUAAAUAUUCGUACAGGAACCAUUUAUUCGAAAUGGGACGCUGUACGAAUACUUUUUACGAAUACUUUUUACAAAUACUUUUUUUAAGUAAGAAAUUUAACAAAUAUUUUAUAACGAAUACACGUCCAGAGGGAUCUGGUACAUUUUCGCGCGGAUAACGAAUAACGAAUAAAUCUUUAUCUGGAUAAAAGUUUAUUCGACGACGUGUCGCUGAUCGUUAUUCGAACGAAUGCUGUGCGAUGGGAGUAUUUUGUACUGUAAACACGAUAGAAUGUGUUUUACUUGGCUGACCCAGCGAACAUUCUUCUUGCUUUCGCUGACAAUUUUUUUUUAAAGUUCUGAAGAAAUUGUAAAAUGUAUAGUGCGAAAUACAUGUACAAAUACGUAAUAAUUUUAGGUUACGAAAGUCAGGUGCGAAAGGGUUGAACGCAAUUGAAUUUAAAAUCUGUAAAAAGUGAACUUGGCAUUUCAAAGCCAGCACUGUUUAGGCAAAAGUUCACUGAAUUAUCGUGUUUCCAAUACGAGAUGAUCUAUAAUUCUCUGCUCGCUUAAAAAAUUCAUUCGACUAUCGGUGGGAUCGACUAACAAAAUUUCUACCUAACUUGCAACAUAAUUAUUUCGUCAGAUUUCGAGAAUAAAUCUUCGUAGAUGUCGUCGUUAAAUACGUAAUUACAUUUUGUAUUAAUGUAAGGUAGACAUGUGUUUGCUCUCAACUCGACAACACUCUGGAAUAAUCGUUGAUCGUUGUUACGAAUCGAAAUUUGUACGAGUCUGCACGAUAAAUCGUUACGGUCCGUGGCUCCCUUUUUAACAACGUCCCCGCGCCCGUUGGAUCUGUUCCGAAUCGAUUUCUUUUUCGUAUCAGAAUUCUCUCCAAGUAAAUUCGAGACUUUUACGAAACGAG